AUUAUUUCUAUUUUCGAUCCGUUUGACUGUUUUUAACGCGUUUUAUAAUAAAAAGCUAUUUCGUUUCGUUUUGUCGACUCCCCCCUCCGCCUGAUUGUUGCCAUGCUCCAAUAUCAGUAUGGGUGUGGUGGUAAUCCCGGUAUGAAUUGGUCAGAUUCGCGUCAAAAAUUUGGCGCCUGAGGCCUUGUUGUUUUUCUGGACAUAACAAACGACCCACACACAAAAAUGACCGAGUUACAUUUUUAAAACAAUCUACAAAAGCAUGACUAGGAACUGACGGAAGGUCUGCCGGAUCUUGAGCGCUAUCAACAGUAGGCCUGCGUGUUCAUCAGUGUGAGAAGUGAAGCGGGAGUGAAGCCCUCAGCGGAGGAUCAUGAGCGAGCUGGAGCAGUUGCGGCAGGAGGCCGAGCAGCUGCGCAAUCAGAUCCGAGAUGCCAGAAAAGCGUGCAGCGACUCCAGUUUGUCCCAGAUCACAGCUGGGCUGGAUUCGGUGGGGAGGAUCCAGAUGCGCACGAGACGAACCCUGCGGGGCCAUUUAGCCAAAAUCUACGCCAUGCACUGGGCUACUGAUUCCAGGUUGUUAGUGAGCGCAUCUCAAGAUGGUAAACUCAUCAUAUGGGACAGCUACACAACAAACAAGAUGCACGCCAUCCCUCUGCGCUCGUCCUGGGUCAUGACGUGUGCCUACGCUCCAUCUGGGAACUAUGUGGCGUGCGGAGGCCUGGACAACAUCUGCUCCAUCUACAGCCUGAAGACCCGUGAGGGCAACGUCAGGGUCACCAGAGAACUGCCCGGGCACACGGGUUAUUUGUCAUGCUGUCGUUUCUUGGAUGAUAGCCAGAUAGUCACCAGCUCCGGAGACACCACAUGUGCUCUGUGGGACAUAGAGACCGGUCAGCAGGCCACUAUCUUCUCAGGCCACAGCGGAGACGUGAUGAGUCUCUCUCUGAGCCCGGACUCCAGGAGCUUCAUAUCGGGAGCCUGCGACGCCACCUCCAAACUCUGGGACAUCCGAGACGGCAUGUGCAGGCAGUCCUUUACCGGUCACGUCUCCGACAUCAACGCCGUUUGUUUCUUCCCCAACGGGAACGCGUUUGCGACCGGUUCAGACGACGCCACGUGUCGCCUGUUCGAUCUGCGUGCUGACCAGGAGCUCAUGAUGUACUCUCACGACAACAUCAUCUGCGGCAUCACGUCCGUGGCUUUCUCCAAGAGCGGCCGGCUGCUCCUCGCCGGCUACGACGACUUCAACUGCAACGUGUGGGACACGCUGAAGGGAGAACGCGCAGGCGUUUUGGCCGGACACGAUAACAGGGUGAGUUGUUUAGGCGUGACCAAUGACGGAAUGGCCGUGGCCACCGGCUCAUGGGACAGCUUCCUCAGGAUAUGGAACUGACCUGUUUGGACAGGAUUGGAGAUUGUUGCGCCACUUUGACCAAUCACAGUCAUUGUAGCGGCCGGCUUCCACAGAGGAACCCUUAUCCCCACCCCCCUCCCUCUGUUUUAUCCUUCCUUUUUCCAUCUAUGAUCUUCUCUUACUAGAUCUCUUUCCCUAUGGCUACGGCACCAAUCCCAUGCCUGGUUCCCAGAGGACGAGUGAGGCAGCGCUAUGGGGUCUCUCUCUCUCUCUCUCUCUCUCUCUCUCUCUCUCUCUCUCUCUCUCUCUCUCUCGCUAUCUGUCUAUGGCCUCCUAAUCUGAAAAAUCCUAAAGAAUAGACUGUCGUGUAUAUACCAUUUGCUAUUCUGUGCUUCAAUGUGAAACGUACCUACUUACAGUGUUUGGCUGUUGUGCGAAAUUUUUACAGUGGGUGUGUUGGUCGUCCCGAUCUUUUUUUUUUUUUUUUUUUUUUUUUUCUGUUUGUUUUUUUGUUUUUUCCCCUCUCCCCGAUUACGGAUUUUUCUAUGAUUUCAUGUAGUCUUCGCCGCACACGCUCACACACACACACACACACACAAAUAUAAACGCACGCACACAGAGACACUGCCAGCAGUUUGGACUCCUCCGUGACCAAGCUGACCCGCUGUGCGUUUUUUAGGUGCUGAAGUCGACCCGUGCCGCUCACGGGUCCGUGUUAGAUUUCCGAAGCGUCGGUUUUUAGGUGAUGGAGCACUUGUCUGAGAGCAUCGCGUGACACUUUAACGCCUUCGUGUUAUGGUCGUUCGGGGCAUUAGCCUGCCUCGGUGCUUCCUGCUCUCCGUCCGUCACGUACGGGUAGUAUUCGCUCCGUCGUGCAGUAUUGCAGCCGGACGCUAUCGUGUUGAAGGAUUUAACAUUUACAGACACUUUAGACUCUGUCUGUAUUACACUUGUACCAGUAUUGGUCAUGUGAGGUUUUGUUUUCUGCCGUACGAGUAGGCGAUACGGGCGGUAAGAUAUCGAUACUGUGAUGUAUUAACGUCAUGUCGGUGUGUUUCUGACUCGGACGUUAAUCACGAUAACGUUUCAUUGGCACUUUGUUAGCGAAACUAAAACGCAUGUACAUACUGUGUGAAAUGAGCGUGUUUUUGACUUGUACCACAGUACACAGGACAUCUAAUCUAAGCCUAAUACAAAUGUGUUAUUUAACCAAGAGAAGUGUUUAGUAUUGCCGUUUUCUGGGAGAUGUUUAACAUUCAGCGUUUAUGGAAGGAGUCUCCAGUGUCAGCGCUUUGUGACAAUCAAUACAGGAAAGUUUCUGCUUCUCUAACAUGACAGACUGCCCUUUGUUCUUGAUUAAGGUUUAAAGAGAGAGUAUAAAGAGAGGCUGGUGAGGGACCGACUGUUUACAGCUGCUGUAACGUAAGCGAGAACAGGAACUAGCGUGUUUCAUGGACCUUCCACAACUUUCCCUGGAAUUAGAAAUGGAUAAAAAGUGACAAUAACUCUGAAUCAGUGUUAAAAAAAAAAAUCUCGACGAUUAUUUCCCAUAUUUAGGUUUGCUAACAACGUGCCAGAAAAUCGGUAUUGCUAACAUGACCUUAGGUGUGUGUUUAUCUUUUAUUUUCUAUUUAAGCUCCGGGUUUAACAGGCGAAAGAGAGAGAAAAGGAAACCUUUUCGAUAUGAGAAUUUUAACAUCAGAUCAACUCCUUGUAACCGCGCACGACGAUCGAGUCCGAGCGGUGACGUGCUGACGAUUUAUAGACGAUUGCAGUUUUCUUUAGUUUUUAAAGCGUUGAUUAACGAUCUGCAGCUGUUCUAGAAAACGAGUAAACACCUUCUGACCAAUCAGAUUGGAGAAUUCAACAUCACUGUGGUGGUAUAAUCACGAUGUCCGUAUCACGUCGCCCACUUCCAGUGCCAAAUGUUAAAAUCCACAAAAGGUUAAGGACAGUGUUGUAGUUGGCUUGUGUAGAGACUGGUAUCAACACACCACGUGAUGAUGAUGAUGAACGUUAUCCACUUAUAACCGAACCGCGUCGUGUGAAGGAUGAGAGAGAGAGAGGAGGAUCUUUACGGUUUUCUACGACCACAAGCUUUUCUGUUUGGUGGCGGGGGGGGGGUGGGUAUUUUCCCCCCCAAAUGUGAGAUGAUGUGAGUUUGGUAUAAAACGGAACGUGCGCUCUUUCCUGUGUCGAGGGAACAAGCCUAAACUGUUGUAGUUCUCUUGAAUGUUGACUUAAUUUCGUGCUAGUUAAUAGAAAUGAAGGUUGAUGUUUUUCCAUGAGUCCUCUUUUUUCCUUUUUUAUUUUUAAAUUUUUUAAAAAGUAUAUAAUUUCUUUUUUUUUUCCCCCUUUCUUGCCUACAGUAUUGAGUCGGUUUUGUUGUAGUAAAUCAUUUAAAUGAUUUUGGUUUAAUUUCUCAUCUGCUGUCCGUCUUUUUUUUUUCUCUCUCUCUCUCUCUCUGUGUGUGUGUGUGUGUGUGUGUGUGUGUGUGUGUGUGUGUGUGUGUGCGCGCGCGCGCGCGUGUUUUUAUAAACUACUACUUCUUGAUUCAAAUCGUUAACUCUGGCACGAAAAGCCGACCAAAUAAUCACGAGUAAGGCUUCUGAUGGAGUCUGAAUGGAUGUACACUUUGACCUGCUGUGAUGAAGAAUCAGUUUUCAGUAUAAAAACAGAAGUGUGUGUGUGUGUGUGUGUGUGUGUAUAUAUAUAUAUCUGAAUCUAAAUGUGUUCUGUUUUAAACCAGUACAGGCUGAUUGUAAAAUCCCAAAUGUUUCGACAAAUUAGCAGCUUUUCUUCUGGACGCUUAAGAUGGUGGUGUUUUUUUUUUUUUUUUGUUUUGUUUUGUUUUUGUUUUUUUUUUCGUUUUUUUCCCUCUGCAUUCAGCUGAUGUUGUCUUAAUUUUUAUAACACGAAUACAAACAUUAAAACCAAACGAAACAUGGA